CUGGAGGUAGACGAUGAACUUCAUAAUGCUAUAUUGGAGGGUUUUGUAUCUCGUGAGCAUUUUAGCGAGGCGUCAUCCUGGUUGCGAGACUUGCCCAACAAGCCUGGGGCUUGCUCCAGCAGUGUCCAGCAGUGGAACGACUUCCUCGAGACUUGUCUCACGCACGGACAACCUCGCUUGGCAUGGGCGAACGUGCGCUACAUCCAGGAUAAUCGUCCGGUCAAGCCGGACUCAAGGACGUACUCGCUUUUUUUCCAGACCAUUUUCCUCCUCAAUCGCAAAAACCCGCCGCCCACCAGCUUUCUUCGCAGUGUGCUAGACCGUAUGAAAGAGGACGCUGUUCCCUUCUCUGCCGAUCUUCUCCAGGUCAUUGUCGGCGGGUAUAAUAGCAUGAACGCUCUAGGCAUGGCCCGUCCUAUCGAACGUAUCUACGCCUCAAUGCAGGGCAAGAAAAAACUAGCUCGACCAGCUCCGGACGCAGCUACAUUCGACACGACUUUGGUGGAUUUGUUUGCGGAUGGCAAAGAGAAACGCGCGCAACGCGAGCUUAGGCGGAUGGUUUCCUCAGGGUUCAGGCCCACGACCACGACUCUUGACAACAUAGCCCCAUACCUCUCGAAUCCCGAGGACCUUUUGAGCUGGGAGGCGCUUCUCGGCAUAGCCGCUAGCCAUUCUGCCUGGUCGUCGGUAAUGCGGAAUGUUGCUGAGGCAGAUUCGGCGCAGGCUGUUGUUACGACAUAUCGCGCCUUCUUGGAGAGCAAGCACAUCCCUACAGCCGUCGAUAUCUCAUGUGUGCUCACCGUACUCUGUUCCCGAACGAUGCGACCACCCACGGACAAUGAUAUUCGCCAGGCGAUUAGCCUAUUCCAAGAGUACGUCCAGCUCGUCACCAGCGAUGCCGCACCAGGCCAUUCUCCCCAGGGUGAUCUUCCUGCUUACAACACCCUCCUUCGAGCCAUCUGUUCUUCCGCGAAUCCCGAGUUUUACCCUAUCGCUGUGUCCCUGCUCGAGGAAAUCCAGGACCGCGGAAUCGUGAUGGACCACCUGGCAACUCGAUCCUUCAUCAUCCUUUUCAUUCGCGUUGCCCCAGACGCGGACGCGGCAUACAGGAUCUACAGGAAGCUACACAAGUACCCGGACGGCAGUUCUGCCCUGGACGCGAAAGGGUUCGAGGCCGUACUGGACACCUUCUGCCAGGUCUGCCUCAGCCACGCACCAUCAUCCGCUCUCUACCUCUCUAUCGUCCGCGACAUGCGGCUUGCGGGGUACCCCGUCACCGCUACCGUCUACACCAUCCUCCUGCGCCGCCUCAGCGACCUACUCGCGCACACCAUCCGGCGGGUGCACAACGCGAUCACCGUCGACGCGUCCAUCACGCCGGACGUGGCCCUGUGGAACCAGCUCAUGGACACGUACCAGCGCGCGGGGUGCAUCCGGGAGGCGUACGGCAUCUGGGAGUCGCUCUACAUGACGCGGCAGUUCAACAACGCUAGCGUGAGCGUCGUCCUCGACGCGUGCUCGCAUGCGGGGGCGGAGGAGCUCGCGAUGGACGUGUUCGCGAAGGUGUACGCGUCGGGAUUCCAGCUGAACCAGCGGAAUUGGGCGAAUUGGGUCGAGUGCCUGUGUCGGCUGGGAAAGAUUGACGAGGCGACGAAGGUGCUGUGUGUCGCGAUGCCGCAGGAGAAGGAGAAAGGCGUGCACCCGACAAAGGAGAUCGCGCAGAUCAUCUUGAAUUUUGCUGCUAACCAGAGACGAGAAGAAGAAAUUCGCGACCGUAUUAAACACUACCUGCCCAAGCUA